AUGGCUGUGGCUCCCGGCUGGCUCGCAGCCCAGGCCUGCCGGCGAGUUUUAAAAAGAGCAUUCUCGCUGCAUAAAGCACAUUCAAUAAAGGAUAUGGAAUAUACUUUUCAAUUGGUGAAAAACAUUAUACCUCCUCUAACUACCAAGAAGUACAAAGGGCAAGCUGGAAGAAUAGGCAUAGUUGGAGGCUGCCAAGAGUACACUGGAGCCCCUUAUUUUGCAGCAAUCUCAGCUCUCAAAGUGGGAGCAGAUUUAUCCCACGUGUUCUGUACCCGGGAGGCCGCACCUGUGAUCAAGUCGUACAGCCCGGAGCUGAUUGUUCAUCCAGUCCUUGACAGCCCUGAUGCGGUUCAUGAAGUGGAAAAGUGGUUGCCUCGACUGCAUGCCCUGGUUGUCGGGCCUGGCUUAGGCAGAGAAGACGCUCUUCUCAAAAACGUCGAGGGCAUUUUAGAAGCAUCCAAGGCCAGAGCCAUCCCUGUCGUCAUUGAUGCAGACGGGCUGUGGCUGAUAGCUCAGCAGCCGACCCUCAUCCAAGGCUACAGGAAGGCCGUUCUCACUCCCAACCACGUGGAGUUCCUCAGGCUCUCGGAAGCCGUGCUGACAGACCCUGUGGACAGCAGUGAUCGCCGCGGAGCUGGGCUGAGACUCAGUCAGGCCCUGGGGAAUGUGACUGUGGUCCAGAAGGGGGAGCAGGACGUGAUCUCCGAUGGUGAACAGGUUCUCGAAUGCAACCUCCAGGGCAGUAACCGCAGAUGUGGUGGGCAAGGUGACCUCCUAUCGGGAUUCCUGGGUGUUAUGGUGCAGUGGGCACUCCAUGCCGGACCUGAGAAAACGAAUGGUUUCAGCCCUCCCCUCGUGGCUGCCUUUGGUGCGUGCUCCCUCACAAGGCAGUGCAGCCACCAAGCCUUCCAGAAGUACGGCCGCUCCACCACUACCUCCGACAUGAUCCCAGAAAUUGGACCUGCAUUCAGCAGACUCUUCGAAACCUGA